CAUUAUAGUAUCCGUAAUCUGAGAGAGGAUAUGAUUUUCGAAUGCGCAAUUUUUUGAAAAUAAAGCCCCAGCAGUCUCGAAAGGUGAAUGUAGCAUGGACACGCACCACAAAUUGUAUACCCGCGAAAAGUGAAUGUUGCUAUGUAGUUUACAUCCACUUCCUCAGGGGGCGUUAGUGCAGGCAUUUUGAGAUAAUAGAUACGUGAUAUAUCGAUAUAUGUUCUUUACUCGAUAGUCGAUAUAUCUCGCAGCCCUCAGCAAUCGCAGUCGUCGCAGGUAGAUACAAGUGUAUCUGUAUGCAAGAGAUUAUUUUUACAGACGAAUGUAAUUUGCAGCAGCUUUUGCAGUAAUUUUAUCCUUUCCUUUUAAAUUUCCUCGCUCAAAGCAGUCGAGAAGUGAUGUGGUUGUUUAUUAAAGUUGGUUACACGACGUUAAAGCAAGCAAGUUAACCUGUACGAUAGGAAAGCUAACCUCGAAAAACGUAAAGUGUCUUCACAUGAUAGGAAUAUUCAGACGCUGUAUAAUCUAAAGAAGAGGUUACAGGCGCAAAAUUCCACCUGACCGGCGGAUGCGGAACAAAAAGUAAAAAAAAAAAAAAAAAAGAAUAUCUUCAGGAGAAAAUACUAGUAGUCGUCACGAUGGCAGACGUGCGCGAUAUUCUGGAUAUUGAAGUGCCGACGACUACGGAACUUACGAAAGAGUCGAUAUUGGGCAGCGACAAAAAGAGUCGUAAACGGUAUGACUACAACAAAAUGCCAAAACGUCCGGAGGGCAUGCACCGCGAGGUGUUCGCCCUCCUCUGCAAGGACAACAACGAUGUGCCGCCGUUGUUUCCAACCGACACCGCAAAGGGAUACAAGCAAGUGCGUGCCAAGCUCGGUAUGAAGAAAGUCAGACCAUGGAGAUGGGUAGAGUUUACUAAUCCGGCGCGCACGGACAACGCGAAAUUUAAACACUGGCGGCGUGUCGCCGACGCCGGGAAGGAGUAUCCCUUCGCAAAAUUCAACAAGAAAGUUCCUAUCCCUACAUAUACGAAUGCCGAGUACAUACAGCAUUUGGUGACCAACGGCUGGACACGCUCGGAGACCGACCAUCUGUUCGAUUUGUGCAGAAGGUUUGACCUUAGGUUUAUUAUCAUCAGAGACAGAUGGGAUCGCACCAAGUUCCCCGCUAGAUCUGUAGAAGACCUAAAAGAGAGGUACUAUCAGGUAUGUGCUGCAUUGAUAAAGGCAAAAUCCCACACUGACAAGGUAUAUACCUUUGAUGCUGAACACGAGAAGCGCAGAAAGGAACAGCUGAAAAAGCUGUUCGAACGUACGCCUGAACAAGUGGAGGAAGAACAGACUCUGCUGGCUGAAUUGCGUAAGAUCGAGCAAAGGAAGAAGGAGAGAGACAGAAAGACGCAAGAUCUGCAGAAAUUGAUUACAGCGGCCGAUCAUCAAGCAGAUCCCAGGAAGAGCGAGAGAAAAUCUUCCAAAAAGAGCAGCAGCUCUUCUAGGAAUAGACCGAGUAAAACCGACACUUCUCAUGCAGUAGAAUCAGCUGGAAUUAAAUUUCCCGAUUUUAAGAACAGUGGUGUUACUCUUCGUUCUCAGAGAAUCAAAUUACCAAGUAGUCUCGGUCAGAAGAAAAUGAAGGGCAUUGAACAAAUGCUGAAUGAAUUGCGUUUAGAAUUAAAUCCACCACCAACGGAGCAAAUAUGUCAACAAUUUAACGAACUGCGUAGCGACAUAGUUUUACAUUACGAAUUGAGAAGUGCUUUAUCGACAUGUGAUUAUGAGUUACAGUCUUUAAGGCAUCAAUAUGAAGCGCUAGCACCAGGAAAGACUUUAACGAUACCACCGGCGCUUCUACCAAAAACAGAACCGGAAGUCAAAGCGGAAAUUAUUGACGUGGUAGGCUCACCCAGUACGCCUAGUGUUACUCAUUAAUUCAAAAUGGUUUCUGGAUACAGGAUGAUAGUAGUACUCUAAAAGAUUUUAAGGUUGAAAAGCAAUUCGCAUCAAUUGAGCCUUGUUUGUAUAAUGUUUUCUUCGUUGGCAGAUCAACUCUGUUUUCGAUGAACAAGCUAGUUUGAUUACAUUUUCAAAUUAAAGAAUGCUAUAUUUUACUGGUAGAUUUAUUGGAAGAGAUUAAAUUACGUUUUAAUACUUUUAAUACAUAAAAAAUAAGCGAUGUGUUACGUAAAUAUGCCUUAAAAAAUAUAUUUGAUAAUAUCUUAAUAAAUAUAUUUGAAGAGAAUACUGCAUAUAAGUCAGGCUUCAACACUAAAUAUUAAAUUUUCCUUGUUUAUAACGGAAUAUAAUUUUGGGAGUUGCUUGUACGACUUAGUUCAAACAUAUGAUCACAUAAAAUUUUUCAUUUUGAACUAGUGUGAGGUGUAUCACCUUAAAAUCUUUUAGAGUACUACUCAAAGAUACAGAGUGUCAAAGUUGAAGGGAAAAAUUUCAUUUUUAAUCGACUUCAAAAAAGGAGAAAGUUCUCAAUUCGACCUAUAAGUAUUUUUUGUAUGUAUGUUUGCUAACUCCAAAUCAGUUGCAUCAAUUUUUUAAAACGUUCAAAAACUGUUCGAGUUAUUUUGAUGAAACUUUGUGAACGUUUGAAAGACAAGAACGUAAAUUAAAUAGAUAUUUAAAAGAAGAGAGCUAUCAAUUGUAUUAAAUAACGAAAAAUACUGUUUAUUAGGAUAUCCGCUCAGCAACAGCACGGAUUAUGACUGCAAUAUACAGUAACAUUGUAACAUUUAUGCAAUAUAACUGGAAUGUUAUAAUGUUGCAACCUUGCAGUUAUAAUCUGUGUUUAUUUGAUGCUUAUUCUUAAGUCCGUCCCUGAGUGAAUAAAAAAAUAAUGUUUGGUCUCAAAAGAUGAGCCUCCUUAUCUUUUAAACGUAUAUAAAGUUUCAUUAAUAUAAUCCAAAUGGUUUUCGAAAUUUUUGAAAAAGACAAUAUUUU